CAAGAGCUCCAGGGCUCGUCUGCGCGUGCUGACUCUUUGGAAAUAUUUUCAAGUCUGAACAAAAAAGUUAUAAAGAAAGUAUAGUUCGAAAACAUCGGUCUCGUUCAUUACAGAAGUGUUUUUUUUUAGAUAUUUAUUCUAAAAAACUGAUAUCCUAAAUUUGCGGUAUUUUGGUGAUUGGUUUGAGUUCUGUUACUUUGUGUUCUGUUGAUUUGUGUUGUUGUUGUUUUUGGUUGUUUUUUGUGAAGUGCGGGUUGAUUACGUUGUCUGGAGGAGACCUAACCAGAUUUCAAAAUUGCUCCUAACGCCAAAGGGUCACGUGAUUCGACAACUUCACCAGAAGGCGAAAUAGUUCAGAUCACGAUGACUAUGGAUGUGAGCAAGUCGGAGAUUAACAAAAAUGGCUCCACUCAGCACGAGUGCGCCGGCUGUGGAAAGGCAAUUACGGAAAGGUUUCUCUUGAAAGCACUGGAUGUUUAUUGGCACGAAGACUGUCUAAAAUGUGGCUGUUGCGAUUGCCGGUUAGGGGAGGUUGGCCAGACUUUGUAUACCAAAGCAGAUUUAAUUCUUUGCAAGAGGGACUAUCUGAGGCUUUUUGGAAGCACAGGACAUUGUUCGGCCUGUAAUAAACCGAUUCCAGCUUUCGAAAUGGUGAUGAGAGCCAGGACGAAUGUUUACCACUUGGAGUGCUUUGCUUGUCAACAGUGCUACCAACGGUUUUGUGUCGGCGACAAAUUCUACUUAUGUGAAAAUAAAAUUCUCUGUGAGUAUGAUUAUGGGGAAAGGCUAGUGUUCGCUAAUAUGGCGUUACAUCCUCCCUCUUCUUUGGAACAUAUCAAGAGGCAACUUCCUCCGACGCCAACGCCACCUGGACAAAAUUUUCACCCUGGUCACAAUGCUCUUCAGCAUCAGAAUCAGCAGCAACACGUUUUGAAUCAGCAAAUGACACAACAUAAUCACGUCUCAAAUGGUCAAAUAUCGGGCGGCAAUCCGACGGUGAACGGCACAGGGAUUGGGGUUAUUCCCAGAGGGCCAGGAGACAUGAACAAUAACGGGCUUUCGGGCCCAGGAAUGGGCUCCGUGAAACCUCCCCCGAUGUCGAUGCCGGCCCCAACGAGCUGAGACGAGGCCCAACCGCCUUUGAAGAAGCUCAGAUGCCUCGACGGCUACUAAAAGUGCUGCCCGCACCCAAAAAGGAGGAUCCUUCGAGUCAGAGGAAGUUAAAAAAAAGUGGAACGAUCCUGAUCAAGCCUUUAAUCUCGAAAAUCCUUGAGCUUCUGGAAGCUGUCAAGGCUGAUCGAGAGAGGGCUCUGAAUUCUAGAAGAUCGUUUUUAAUCGAUUUAUCUUCUUCUACCAACUUCAGCUGAAGAAUCCCAAAAAUCGAUCAGCGUGAUAAACUUGAAUCGCAUCCACCUACCUUCGCUCUAGGUCGACAGUCACUGUGAUUGGUCCAAUGUUAGAUUGGACUGACGAUGAUACAAUUGAGGAAAAAAGAACGUUUCUCGACGAAAAAGAAUCGUGUAAGAUAUAUUUCUAGCAAUAAAAAUGUGUACAUGUUGGAUAAUCGAAAUGCGAGAAAGGGCGAGUGAAAAUUGUAAAUAAAUAAUGUACUAGAUGCUAUUGUAAGUGAGAGACGACGAGUAUACGGAGACGACUUUAUUACUCCUAUGUUCGUAGUUGAUUGUUUUCUGUUACCUCAAGAACUGCGCGAUAAAUUGUGCCAUGUAUUAUAUUUUUAAAAAGACUCUUAAUCUGAGCAAACUCUGUUUAAAGAUCUUUUUCGAAAGUUGAAAGGAUUUAAAGCUUAUUUUCGUUAUCGAGUGGAGUCAUCAGCCGGAUGAAGGAUUUGGAAUUAAUCAUUAAAGUUAAUAAAUGAAGAUCCAGAUUGGCGAAAUGCGCAAACUGGUUCCAUACAGCUGAAACCAAAGAUUAUAAUCUAAGAUUAUUUGCCCCUUGAUUUAUUCGUUUAGGUCUCUUUGAGUCUCAGAUCCGCAAAAUAAUUUCACCUCGAAAUUUGUUCUCGAGGGGCUUAGUCAUAGUUUUACAUGAAAGCCAAAAAGAGAGCUACCGAUACCAAAAGAUCGUACUACACAUAAUAUGGAAUACACCCAGUGGGCAAAAAAACAUGAACAUCCCCGAAACGUCAUUGAUACGCUCCUGGGCCGUCUAAUGUUAGGCUAGUGUGCAAAAACCACGAAUAUAUUCAGAACGUUUUUGGGGCGUUCCUAUGACGACCAAUGUCAGCCCAGUUGGCAGAAAACCAAUAGAAUCCCCGGAACGUGCUUGGACCAUCUAUAGGUCGUUAAAUCUCAUCCAAAGAUGGCAAAAACGUUGAAUAUCAGCCAAAUGGAAAAAACUAUGAAUAUCUCUAGAACAUCCUAGGUACGUUCCUAGGACGUCCAAUGGCAGCUCAGUGGGUAAAAACCCCAUGAAUAUCCCAAGAACGUCUCCAGGACGUCCGAUGUCAACCCAGUAGAUGUAAAACUAUGAAAAUCUCAAUAAAGUCCUUGGAACGUUCCUAGGACGUCCAAUACCUGUUCAAUGGGCACUAAAAUAUGAAAAUCUCCAGAACGUCAUUGGGAAGUUCCUAGGACAUCCAAUAUUAGCCUAGUGGGAAAAAACCUUCUGAAUAUCACCAGAAGAUCCUUGGGACGUUCCCAGGACGUUCAGUGUCAGCCCAGAGAGCAAAAACCAUGAAUAUUUUAAAGAACGUUCUUCGCACGUUCCUAGGACGUCUAAUAUCAGAUCAAUACGGGAAAACCCUGAAUAUCCCCAGAUCGUCCUAGGACCUCCAAUGUCAGCCUAGUGGGUAAAAAAUUUAUAAAUAUCCCAAGAACGUUUCUAGGGCAUCCGAUUUCAGUCCAGUAGAUAUAAAUCCAUGAUAAUCCCAGUAACGUCCUUAGAACGUUCCUAUAACGCCCAAUAUCUGUUCAAUAGGCACUAAAAUAUGAAAAUCCCCAGAACGUCAUUGGGACGUUCCUAGGACGUCCAAUAUUAGCCCAGUGGGAAAAACCUACGAAUAUCACCAGAAGAUCCUUGAGACGUUCCUAGGACGUUCAAUGUCAGCCCAGAGAGCAAAAACCAUGAAUAAUUUAAAGAACGUUCUUCGCACGUUUCUAGGACGUCCAAUAUCAGCUAAGUGGGGAAAAAACCAUUAAUAUCCCCCGAACGUCCUAGGAACGUUCCUAGGACGUCCAAUGUCAGCCUAGUGGGGGAAAAAUGGAUAAAUAUCCCAAGAACGUUUCUAGGGCAUUCGAUUUCAGUACAGUGGACAUAAAACCAUGAGAAUCACAAGUACGUCCCUGGAACGUUCCUAUAACGUUCAAUGUCUACCCAGCAGGCACUAAACUAUCAAAACUCUCAGGAAGUCAUUGGGGCAUUCCCAGGACGUCCAAUAUUAGCCCAGUGGGAAAAAACCCAUGUAUAUCCUCAGAAGAUCCUUGGGACAUUUCUAGGACGUUCAAUGUCAGCCCAGUAGGCAAAAACCAUAAAUAUUUUAAAGAACGUCCUUGCGACGUUCCUAGGACGUCCAAUAUCAGUUUAGUGGGGAAAAACCAUGAAUAUCCCCAGAACGUAGUUUAGACGUUCUCAGUACGUCUAAUGUCAGACCAGUGUGCAAAAAACCAUAAACAUCCCAAGAACGUUUGUAGGACGACAGAUGUCAGUCCAGUGGACAUAAAACCAUGAGAAUUCCAAGUACGUCCUUGGAAAGUUCCUAUAACGUUCAAUUUCUACCCAGUAGGCACUUAACUACAAAAAUCCCCAGAACGUCAUUGGGAAGUUCCUAGCACAUCCAGUGACAGUCCAGUGGCCAAAAAGUCAUAAAAAUCUCAAGAACGUUCUUAGGAUGUCCAAUGUCAUCCCAGCGGACAUAAAACAAUGAAAAUCCCAAAUCGUGCUGGGGACGUUGCUAUAACGUCUAACGUCUGUCCACUGCGCACAAAAUUAUGAUGAUACCCAGAACGCUCAGGGGACGUUCAAUGUCAGCUCAAUGGGUACAAAAACAGUAAACGUCCCAAGAAAGAUCCUAGGACGCCCAAUAUCAGCCCAUUUGGCACAACACAAUGAACAUCUUAAGAACUUCCUUGGCACGUUCCUAGGACGUCCAAUUUCAGGCUAAUUGGCACAAAACCAAGAACUUACUUGGGAUGUUUCUAGGAAUUCCAAUGUCAGCUUAGUGGGCAGAAAACCAUAAGUAUCCCAAGAACGUGUUUCGGACGUUCCUAUCACGUCCAAGAUUAGCCCAGCCGACACAAGCCAUAAAUAUCCCCAGAACGUACUUAAGACGUUCUCAGUACGUCUCAUGUCAGACCAGCGUGCAAAAAAAAAACCAUAAACAUACCAAGAACGUUUUUAGGACGACAGAUGUCAGUCCAGUGGACAUAAAACCAUGAGAAUUCCAAAUACGUCCUCGGAACGUUCCUAUAACGUUCAAUGUCUACCCAGUAGGAACUAAACUACAAAAAUCUCCAGAACGUCAUUGGGAAGUUCCUAGCACGUAUAAUGACAGUCCAGUGGCCAAAAAGUCAUAAAAAUCCCAAGAACGUUCUUAGGAUGUCCAAUGUCAUCACAGCGGACCUAAAACAUUGAAAAUACCAAGAACGUGCUGGGGACGUUGCUAUAUCGUCUAACGUUUGUCCACUGCACACAAAAUUAUGAUGAUGCUUAGAACGUUCCGGGGACGUUCAAUGUCAGCUCAAUGGGUACAAAAACAGUAAACGUUCCAAGAAAGACCCUAAGACUCCCAAUAUUAGCCCAUUUGGUACAAAACCAUGAACAUCCCAAGAACUACCUUGGCACGUUCCUAGGACGUCCAAUGUUAGCCCAGUCGACGCAAACCCAUAAAUACCCCAAGAACGUUUCUAAGACGUCGAAUGUCAUUCCAUUCGGCACAAAAACACAAAAAUCCCAAAUAUAUAAAAAAUAAAUAAAAAUCCUAGGACGUCCUAUGGCAGCACAGUGCGCCCAAAACCAUAAAAAUCUUUCGUAAUAACAUCAUACGUCUUAAGAGCAUCCCUAGGUUAUACUAAAGCCAUAUCCAAAAUGACGCUUUAGGGAUGUCCCAAAGACGUUUCCAGGACAUCCUGAUUUGUUUGCCCACUGGAUACACACGCACGAAAAGAGAAAACUUUGUAUUCUGAGAGGAAAGUGUUUUGUCGAAAUGAAGAAAAUAAAAUUUUUUUGUCUGUUAAUUUCUGCGACUGUCAGAAAAAACGACUCUGCCAUCUACCGGUCGUUUAAUGAAAAUUUUCUUCCAAUUGACGAAGCAUUAUCCUCUUUUUGAUGAUUUUGAAAUAAAAAUUGUAUAUUACCGCUCUGUAUGAUUAAGUACAAAAGUUACAGACAUUGUAUAAAGGGUUCUCCUUGAAAACAGCGUGAGGGGCCGCAUUUUUUAAUUGUUUAUUCAUCUGUAUAUACUAUCAUUAUUAGCACACUAUUAAUAUAUUACGAGAGAUAGAGUCCCAUUAUUACUGAGGAAAA